AUGGAGGCCGCUGGCGACGAAGAAGGUCCGACGACGUACGGCCAGAUCGAGCAGUUCUUGAACUCGUUGGAGGGCCUGACUGCGCAGCAGCGCAUCGAUUGCAUCGUCGCGUUCCUCAUCUCCUUCCUCCCUCCGCCCUUAGUCCCCGCCCCCGAGGUCGUGGGCGACGACUCCGACGAUGAGAGCUUCUCCCUCACCUCCUCCGACUCCGAGGCCUCCGAUGCCGGCGCGGACCCGGCCGCGUUCCACCCGGUGGCGCUCGGCGACGGUGAGGACCACAUCAGCCGCCUCCCGGACGUGCUCCUCUCCAACAUCAUCUCCCGCCUCGCCACCCAGGAGGCCGAGCGCACCGUCGUCCUCUCCACGCGCUGGCGCGGCGUGUGGGCCACGACCCCGCUCCUCAUCGACGACGCCCACCUCGUCGGUGCAUACGGGCCCCACGACAUCCCCAUCGUGCGCGCCGUGUCGCGCUGCGUGGCCGCGCACCCCGGCCCCGUCCGCGGCGUGCGCCUCACCGGCCUCUCCUUCUCCCACGAGUACUCUCUCCGGUGCCUGGUUGCGGACCUCGCCAACAAGGACGUCCAGGACCUCAUCCUCUUCAACCGCCCGUGGCCGCUCAACAUGCCGCUCCCCGAAGACAUCCUCCGCUGCGCCUCCCUUGAGCGCCUCUACCUUGGCGUGUGGCAAUUCCCGAAGAUCAACAGUGCACCCGCCCUGUUCGACAAACUCCGCGAGCUCGGCCUCUUCCACUGCAUGGUCCGCGAUGAAGAAGUUGAUGCCAUGCUCGCGCUCUGCCCGAAGCUGGAGAUCCUCUCCAUCGUCAUGUCGUUCGGUUCGCCGUCACGCCUCCGCAUUGUGUCCCGCAGCCUCCAAGUUGUGGCGGAUUGGGAAUCCACCUUGGACGAGGUCGUCGUCCACGACGCUCCCUGCCUCGAGCGGCUGAUCUUCCAGACCAUUGACACAAGGAGGUCCAUCAAGAUUGUUGGCGCGCCCAGGCUGCAGGUGCUGGGGUUCCUCGACCUCAACCUACAUGAGCUUGAGAUUGGAGGCAUUGCAAUCAAGGUAACUGCCGGAAUGAUUGUGAGGGCCAGGGCCAUGGUUCCAAGCCUGAAGGUACUGGCAGUCAUAGUUCGUUUCGCAUGCAACCAGGAGGCCAAGAUGCUGCCCACCCUACUCAAAUGCUUCCCUUGCCUGGAGACGCUGCAUAUCCUGGUAAUGCCUGUUCCAUCUGACUCCGUUAACAGCACCCAUAACCUUGAGUUCUGGGAAUCCCUGGGUUCUUGUGUCCUUGAGUUGCAUCUGAAGACGCUCAUGGUUCAUGGGUGCCUGGUGCAGAACAACGAGAUUGGGUUCCUGCAGUAUGUUAUCAGAGAGGGAAAGGCGCUCAAGGCCGUGUGCCUUGCUCCGUCACCUAAUAACAAGGUGGCGAUUGACAUGGUCUCAGCUAAAUUUGGUAAGAACAAUGCAGCAUCAGGUGGUGGAAGCAGUACUGACAUUUCCCUUGCCAAGAUCAAUGGCUGGAUCUUUCAAAAUGCAAUCGAUAUGUCAGUGGAUGACCCCUUCUCUGUGGACGACGUGUGCCAAGGUCAGUGUUUGAGAUCAACUGUUUAUACUCAAAACACAAUUGAUGGUUGCGAGAAUUUCAACUCCAAAGCUCCAGUUGGAGUUUGUCAGGACUAUGAAUGGUGGUGCGACUGUAAUAAUGAAUAG